AUGAUGAGAGGCACGUUCAUAAUAAUCCUUAUGUUUGCUGUGGGAACUUGGAUCAGUUCUGCUCAUGCAAGGGCUUUGAUAGGAACUAAUCCAAGGGAUCAAUCCAUGAGGAUAAUCAUGUUUGGAAGGUCCUCAACCUCUGCUGCUCCUUCGCUUCCACACAAAUCGCGGCCACCACUACAUUUUGGUCCUACACCUCCAGACGCAGGACCUCCACCUAAACCGUCUCCUGGGCCAACGAAAUACCAUGGUAUUGUAACUGGUGGUGGUAGUCUGCGAGUGUCCAAUGUGGCUUCAUUUUGA